GAGGGUGGGUGGGCGCGUGAAGAUCUGACAGGCCCGGGGGCCGCAGGACGGCGCGGAUUCUGCCUCUCUCCCCAGCGUCGCUAUCGCGACGGCCCCAGCUCCCACGCCUGCGUCCCGGUUGCCCUUUUUUAUCCCAAAGCGGUGAAGAGACGACCCCUAAUCUACUUGUCUAUACGAAUCCUGCCCGUCUACUGGGAGCAGGGACUCGAGUUAUCCAAAGCCAGAAUCAGACUUAGGUCUUGAGAAUAAAAAGUGGUAGCCUCUCCCGGGCAGAGAAGCCCUUCCUGUUAGGACAUGUGCUGUUGGGUCUUUCAGUUUCUGUAAGAGAGGAACCCUCACCUUGGUGUCUGUACACGUUUUGCUCUACCUGUCAAUCCCACCGUUCUUGAAACAUUAACACCUUAACAGGAUAUGUGCCAAUCCACACCCUCCGGUUUUGGUCGACCCACAAUUUGAUUGUCAGAUAAUAAAAAAUGAAAAAUUUCCCCAUAGAAAUAUAUAAUUAUCUUAAUAUUUUCCAGUGUUCUCAGGGGUCAAGUUGAUUAAGAAGGUAUAUCUGAUAGACUCUUAAACGCCCAUUGUAAAAUGGAGGAUAUAAAAACUUACAUUUUCCCAAUAGGAGGCCUAAUUUAAAAACAUACAAAAGCUGGGUGGUUUGAAAUACACCUUGCAGUAAGUAUUAACUCCAUACAAACCAAUAUCCUCAUUAUCCAAGCAUAUGAUUUUCAAACAUUUUAAAGAAGUAGAACAAUUUCUUCCAUGAAUCCUUACCUGGAACCCCAGUAUAUAAAGCUGCGUGCUCUGGUGGAACUGAGUUUGGCAGGCCCAAGUCCCACGCACUCAGCCUCCCUUCUAUGCUAGAGGCGUCUCCUUGGAACACAAUUUGAAAACCACUGAUCUGGGCUUUGGUAAUUAAGCCAAAGUUGCGAGCCCUAAAACAGAUUGUAAAACCAGAGCAAUUAAGAGGAGAGGUCAUAACAGAAGGAAGAUAAACUUUAGUUAACAGGCCUGGGGUUUGGGUUCUGGAGAGAACUUUGUGCCUAUUAGCAGGCCUAAAUCUCUUGUUUGGAAGGAGAGAUAGGUAGUUUGAGACCUUUAAACCUUGUCUGCUAUUUUCGCUCAGCUGACCUUUAGCAGUGCUGCUGAUUGAAUAAGUUUGAGUCUCUGCUAGGUGAUGUUAGAUACAAUGGAAAUGUAAAAAAAUAAACGCAGAGAGUAAUCUUUAAAAAUACUAGGAAGAUUGAAGUAGUCAAAGGGAGAGUUAUCAGUUAAAAGUAAGCAAAAGCUCAGCUCCAGUCAGCUGCAAAUGCUUCCUCUGUAUACUGCCCUCAAGGCUUAUAUCGUCUUGCUGGUAUAUCUUUCUGUCUUAAAGCCUGUUUCUCUGUCCCGCUGUCGUCCCUCCCCCGCCCCCAUCAGGCUGUUGUCUGGUGUAUCUUGAGCUUUCCUAGCAUUUUGGCCACUGUUCCUACGUUAUGGGGGUAGGGAGUGUCUUGGUACCCUUCCUCCUGUCUUUCCUGCCUUCAGUGCUUUUCCCAAAUCAAAAUCUCUAUCGAGGAUAUGCCUUCAGUGUGGCAGCGUCAGGCUUCAGUCUGAUAGCCCCUCCUUUCUCAACUCCAGUUACCAACAGACUGCCCUUCUCGAUAUUAGUAAUGUACUCUUAACAGCAUGCAGUAUUUAUUAGUGGAUAGAGGCGCAUUCCUCUUUUUCUUCUCUGUGUCGCAUUUUUCUUUUCCUGCCUCUCCCUGCACUGCUGUAAAAUGAAAAGUGAAAAGAUGGUAAAAUUGCCACAUCAGCCCUUAUGCCACAUUAAAAAUGCCACAUCUUCCUUGUUAGUGUAACUGGUCUUAAAACAGUACGUUUUAGUCAUUUUUUAUAUACUUCUGAGAUCUUACUCUUGUUAAUGAUGUAUUAACAAAUGUUAAAACGUUUUUGGAUUGCCAGUGGCAAGCAAAAUUAAAUCCAGCUGUCCAUUUUUUAUGCUGGCCGAUACAGCAACUUGCUCUCCAGUAAUACUCCUCUUUUUAGAGGGUGAUAAGGAAUUUAUACUUGUUUUCUUUUCCCAUUUAUCUACACGUUGGAAAAAGGAAUGUAGUUAAUGGAAAUGCAGAGAUUUGAAGAUUUCUACUCAACAGUUUCAAAUUCUUUCUAUCACUGUUUCCUUAUAAGGGUAGGAACAAGUUAACUGGAAUCUGUGUGGGAAAUGGUGCCCUGAUGUAUGCAUUGAGAGCUGUAGUGCUUCCUGGAGUUUAGCAGAGAGGAGUUCUACUGUGAAGAAGUGUUUGCCAUCCAAGGAGUGCUUUUCAAGAAAGAUCUGGAAGUCACAAAAGCCAUUAUAGGAUAGCCCCUCUGGUUCUACUAAACUUUCCAACAAUUGGCUCUUGAAAUUGACCAGAAAAAGUUGCCAAGCAAAUUAGCUGUGAGACAAUUAACCAGUAAUGCACAGUGUUCAAUAACUUAUUUGUGAUUUAUUUUAUUAAAGCUUUCCCUAAACUGAAUUUUAAUAUGAGUGGUUUUACAUUAAUGUGUAAGAGAUUAUGUUUUUCCUAAAUUGAUUUAAAGUAGCUGACUCUGAUUAAGUCAGUUCUCUCAAUGUAAUUUAUUCUUCAGUUUAUAUCACCUUUUCUCCCUUGUCUUCCCUACUCAAAAAAGUUUCUUUUUCUGCCAAAGCUAAUUUGUACCUGUAACCACACUCUUUAAAAGCCCAGUUAAUUGGAAACUUGCUCUACCAGCUGUAUUUGCUGACUGCUUUUUCUCCAACCUAUGGACAUACUUACAGUUAUCUGUGUAAGCCCUCACACAAACCAUCCCCUCCCAUCUUUCCUAUAUUUUAAUUCAUGUUUCCCAAAAUGUGGUUUGCAUAGUAUGCAGUAGAAUUUUACAUGGUAUAGAUGGUUUUUUUAAAUAGUUAUGUGUUUAUUAUAAUGGACUUUAGGAAGUUAAUAUUAAAGUAUUUAACGGUUCCAUAAAUAUUAUUUUUAAAAAAUUAUAAAUCAAUCUUUUAAAACAAAACUAAUAAUAUAGAUGAUACAUGCAUAUUGUAAAAAUUGAAGAUAACAAAUAACUGACAACAGGGAGCACUGUUUUAAUUCUUACCUACAUUACCCCUAAGACUUUCCCUUGUUACCUUAUAAACAUUUAGCUUGAUAGGGAAUAAACUCUUUGGAAGGCGUUUUUAAUAACUACUUUUCUCAUUGUAAAAUACAUAUUUAUUAGAGACAAUUCAAACAAUAAGAAGAACAUUCAAAUCAUCUGCAAUCCGAUCACCCAUAGAUAACCACUAUUAAAUUUGGUGUAUAUCUUUUCAUUCAUGUGUAUUUGCAAAAUAACAUAGUGGAACUUCCAGUCAGACUGACCCAGAUUCUAACCCAGGUCUACUACUUCCUUAAUGAUUUGGGAAAGUGUGUUUAAUUUCUCAAACCCAGUUUCCUUCCCUACAGAAUGCAACUAAUAACUGGGAUUGUUAACUGGGACUUUACUGAGAUAUUGCCUAUAAAGAACUUAGCCCAGUGCCUGGUACAUAUUAUUAAGCAUUCAAUCAAUUUUAGAUGAAUUUUUUAAAAUUUAAGAAUAUGGAAUCAAACUACAUGCUUCUUUGGCUUGCUUUUAUCACUUAACAGUAUCAUUUUGUGUCAUUACAUAGACUUUUAAAAUCGUGGUUUUCAAACUUUUAAGCAGUAGUAGCACUAAUAGAAAUCUCAGCAGGAACAUCAAGUAAGUAAAUCAUUAAAAGAUAGUAUUGUAGAGAGAGAGAGAAUUUCAAACCCUUUAUCGUACAUGAUAUAACCAAAACCCAAACCUGUUGCCACCGAGUCGAUUCCAACUCAUAGCGAUCCUAUAGGACAGAGUAGUAUUGCCCCACAGGGGCAGCUGGUGGAUUCAAACUGCCAACCUUUUGGUUAGCAGCCUGAGCUCUUAACCACUGCACCACCAGGGCUCCAUAUAUGGCAUAUCAGUACUAAAACUAUGAAGCUUGUAAAACAACAUGGAAAUGUUUGGAUUGGCAAAUGAAAAACGCAAGAUAACUGACUUCGAUGUAUUUUGUGAUUACGGUUGUAACAUGGGUACAGAUAAGAUAAACACAGUUUAAAAUGAAUAAAAUUGAUGUUAGGGUUGUGGGAUUAUAGAAUUUUUUAAAUCCUUCUCUGUUACUGGGCUUAAUUAAAAGCAUUUGUCUUAUUGGGCUCCAUCCCAGCAUGUACAGAUGCCCAUGUAAUUGAGAACAUCACCUGAAUGCCUCAGCAGCACCUCACACUCGUCGUGUCCAGAAUGGAAUUUCAUGUCUUCACUCAAACUUGUUCUUCUUCUCACUACUGUGCUCAUUAUCAGUAAGGCUUAGAAGUGGGCUUUGGACAAGCAGCCAUGACACCCCCUUCACCGUUUACAAUGCCUGUUAAUCCUGCUUCAUCUGUACUUCUUUUUGUCCCUUCUCCUCCAUUCUCACUGCCACCAGCCUGCCUUGGACCUCUUUUGGUUCCUGUCUUCAGUUUCAUGCUGCCCUCAGAUUAAUUUCUUAAGAUACAAAUCACUCCCCUAUUCAAAACCCUUUAGAGGCCCUCUGUUGUUUACCACAUAGGGUGGCAUUCUUUUCCACUAUCUGGCUCCAUCAUAACCGUCCAACUUCCUACCCCACUGACUCCUAUCAUGAACCUUAAUGCUGCAGCCAGAGCAGACUAUUUACCAUUUCUUCUAGGUGAUGCAAAUGGUUAAGUGCCCGACUACCAGCCAUACCCACCCAGAAACUCACCAGAAGACAGGCCUGGCAAUCUGCUUCUAAAAGGUCACAGCCUUGAAAACCCUAUGGAUCAUUUCUGCUCUGCAUACAUGAGGUUAAUAUGAGUCAGAAUCUAUUCCACAGCAACAACAGAGAGUCUUCAAGCCUUUGCCUGAAACCGCUCCCUUUACUUUUUCUGUCAAAAUCUUCUUUAGUCUUCAAGACCCAAUUCAUAACUAACGUGUAAAAAGAAUGAACUGAUACAUGCAGCAAUAUGGUGAAUCUCAAAAACAUGUUAAGUGAAAAGCCAGACACAAAAGAGUUACAUAUACUGUAUGAUUCCAUGUAUAUGAAAUCCUAGAACAGACAAAUAAUCUGUGGUGUUAGAAAUUAGAAAAUACAGUAGUCCCCCCUUAUCCUCAGGGGAUACGUUCCAAGACCUCCCGUGAAUGCCUGAAACCACGGAUAGCACCAAACUGUAUGUAUCCUGUGAUUGUCCUAUACGUACGUACUUGUGAUAAAGUUUAAUUUAUAAAUUAGGCACAGUAAGAGAUUAAGAGCAAUAAUAAAAUAGAACAAUUAUAACAGUUUACUGUAAUAAAAGUUACAUGAAUGAUGGUGUGAGAUUUCAUCAUCCUAUGUAUUCAUUUAACAUUUUCGAACCAAAGUUGACCGCAGGUAGCUGAAACUGCGGAAAGUGAGACCACGGAUAAGAGGGGGUUAUUGUAAUAGCUGGAGGGUGGGAAGAGAGAAUUGACUGGAAAAGGACAUGAGGGUAUUUUCUAAGGUGAUGGAAGUGUCCUGUAUCUUGUUUUGGGUAGUCGUUCCAUGAGUGUAUACAAUCGUCAAAAUGCAUCAAACUGAACACCUGAGAGUUUGUUUUGUUGGUUUAUUGAUUAUACUUCAAAUUUUUUUUUAAUUAAAAAAAAAGAUGGACAAAUCUUCGACAAGGCCUCCCAUGUGAAGAAAUUGCCUCUGACUCCUAAUUCAAAACAUUUGCUGUCUUCCUUUUGGGACUUCACACAUUCUAUUAUAUAAACACUAACCACACACACACACCCUGCUCAUUAGACUGGAAGCCCCUUGAAAGCAAAAAUCACUAUUGGCAGACAUUCAUUUUUUAAUAGCCCCUAGACUCCUUGACUGUGUACAGAUUUAUUGAAUAAAUGCAUUCCCAGUGACCCUUUUUCUGUGGAUUCCUGGAGUGGCGCUUCUAAUUCUCUGAGGAGACCUAUGAAAGGAGAGACCUGGCUCCUCAGAAUUCAGACCAUCAACUUCACAGAAACCAAAAUUACACUUUUUAUUUUUAUUUGUAACUUUUACUUCUAAAUCAGUGCUUAAGUGAAUCAGAAAUGUUAGUUUUUUUUAUUUCAGUGGUAUUUUUCAUUAGUCCUAAGAAGUAAUAGUUUAAGAAGUGAUUGGUUUUCAUUUUUCAAAUAACUAUAAAAGAACUGCUGAUUUCCUUUAUUGUUAGUGCCUGCCACUCUUCCAUUGCUUUCCCAUAAUGUCCAAAUGGAAGUUCUCCUCAACCAUUUUUAAUAACUAAUAGCAGGUACAGCAUUUCAUUGUUCCUAUUUGUUUAUUUUAACUGCCAGGGAAAAUGUUGAUAAGGCUUCACUUGUUGAUCAGGGCAAAUUUAAUUCUUAUGACACCUAGAUUUGCUAACUUCUUAAACUAUGCCUGGAGAAGUAAAUUUUUUAAACUUAUAUUUUAAAUCAUUCUUUUGGGAAUGCAAAUGUGUCGUAACUUCACCAGGAAUGGCAUAUAUGUGCGAUUUGUGCUACAACUUUCGCCAUCCCAGCCCAUGGCAGACAUCACUAUCAGUCAUGGCAUCUUUUCCAUUGACAGCCUCAAAGUCCUCAUUCCAGGCGGCCACAGUCAAGCUUCAAAGUAGGCAUCAAGUUGGCGCCUCCUAGGCAUCCCUGAUUUGGGUGCUAUUCUAAAAGUUGUUUUUUGUGUGUUUUUACCUCUCCUAGAAGUACUGGUGACAUUAAGUUCCUUGUGCAGGGGUCUUUUUUUUUUUUGCUGCUUUAAGCUUUUGUUCUAUGAUUGAGACAGAAGGAAGGAACACAGAAAUUGCCUGAGAGGGAGCUUUCCUGCGGAUGCAGUCAUUAUAUCCUAUUCCUGCUAAGGUAAAAUCCAGAGUAUCAGUCCCCUUUCUGGAGUUAUUUCUAGAUAUGUAUUGUGGCCUAGUGAUGAAGUGUUCUGAAAUAGACUUAACUAAAACCAAACCAAACCCACUGCUGUCAAGUCGAUUCUGACUCAUAGUGACCCUAUAGGACAGAGUAGAAUUAGCCCAUAGGGUUUCCAAGGCUGUAAUCCUUAGGGAAGCAGACUGCCACAUCUUUCUCCCAGAUUAUUGGGGGGAGGGGGGCUGGCAAGGAGCAGGCUGUUACAUGUGUGACUGAUUUGCCAUAUACAAAUGAAUUAUCAGCCAAGACUUGGAGCAGCUGAAGACAUCUGAUUGUUAAAAGAUGGAAAAAGCAUCUGAAGUGUUAAGUGUUGAAUUUUGUUGGUCCUGUUUUCAGACACAAGGUGCCCUGUGGCUCAGUGGUUAAGCACUCAGCUGCUAACUGAAAGGUUGAUCAUUCAAACCUAUCCAGCCAGCAGCCUACAGGAGAAAGACCUGGUGAUCUGUUCCCAUAAAGAUUACAGCCUAGGAAACCCUAUGGGGCAGUUCUGCUCUGUCACAUGGAGUCACUAUGAGUUGAAGUUGACUUGAGAGCACCUAACAACAUUUUCAGACACACAAGAAAAGCUUAGACCAGGAAUCAGGGUGUGGCUUCAGCUUUGGGAGUGGCUCUGGAAAAGUCACUCCAACUCUCUAGCCCUAAAUUAUUUCAGUCAAAACAAAUUUAAACUAAUUAUUCGGUACGGUUCUGUGUAAUUCUAAAGUUCUAUAAUUCUAAAUAUAGAUUAGGUAAGAGACCAUGUAUUUGUUGUCAAUCAUGUGUUUAACAUUUAAGACUGUAACUGAGGAAAAUAAAAACAAAUACUGUCAUGAGCAUAUUUUGAAAAUGGUUUGAAAAACUGCCAAGUGUUAUAUAAGUGUGUUCUGUAAAUUCAUACAUAUGACAGGAGCAAAAUGAAGCUUGGUUUUAAAGGAAUUAUCUUCAACUUUGAAUGAGGAAAGAGACUGUCUCUCUUCCCCCCUGCUUGUUAAUUUCAUGCAGUUUAGGUUUUAGAUUUGGAAGAGACCCUACAAGUUAACAAAUCUAACCCUAAUUGAUGUGUGACUUUUCUCCACAGUAUUGAUGAAACUAUCCAAUCCCUUCCAACCCCUACCUGUAUAUGUAACUUGAGUAGCUUAUUAACACCAGAUUUAAAGGAGCCUUUUUUUUUUUCUCCUCUGUUGGCACAUUGUAGCCAUCAUGGCAACUUCAUCGGAGGAAGUUCUAUUGAUUGUAAAGAAAGUGCGUCAAAAGAAGCAAGAUGGAGCACUAUACCUCAUGGCAGAAAGAAUUGCUUGGGCACCUGAAGGCAAAGAUAGAUUUACAAUCAGCCAUAUGUAUGCGGAUAUUAAAUGCCAGAAAAUCAGUCCAGAAGGAAAAGCUAAAAUUCAGCUUCAGCUGGUCCUGCACGCAGGGGACACAACCAACUUCCAUUUUUCCAAUGAAAGCACAGCAGUGAAAGAGAGAGAUGCAGUAAAGGACCUUCUUCAGCAGUUGUUGCCCAAAUUCAAGAGGAAAGCAAAUAAAGAACUAGAAGAGAAAAACAGAAUGCUGCAAGAAGAUCCUGUUUUGUUUCAGCUUUAUAAAGACCUAGUUGUGAGUCAAGUGAUCAGUGCUGAGGAAUUCUGGGCCAAUCGUUUAAAUGUGAAUGCAACAGAUAGUUCUUCCAUAUCCAAUCAUAAGCAGGAUGUUGGCAUUUCUGCAGCAUUUCUGGCUGAUGUCCGGCCUCAAACAGAUGGCUGUAAUGGUCUGAGAUAUAAUUUAACCGCUGAUAUCAUUGAGUCCAUAUUUAGGACCUACCCAGCAGUGAAAAUGAAAUACGCAGAAAAUGUUCCCCACAACAUGACAGAAAAGGAAUUCUGGACACGAUUUUUCCAGUCCCAUUAUUUUCACAGGGACCGGCUGAAUACGGGGUCAAAGGACCUCUUUGCAGAAUGUGCCAAAAUAGAUGAAAAAGGGUUAAAAACAAUGGUUUCAUUAGGAGUGAAAAACCCACUACUAGAUUUGACAGCUUUGGAAGAUAAACCAUUAGAUGAGGGCUAUGGCAUUUCCUCUGUGCCAUCUACUUCUAAUUCUUCUAAAUCCAUAAAGGAGAAUAGUAAUGCUGCCAUCAUCAAGAGAUUUAACCAUCACAGUGCCAUGGUCCUGGCAGCAGGUCUCAGGAAACAAGAAGCACAAAAUGAACAGAACAGUGAGCCCAGCAGCGUGGAUGGGAAUUCCAGAGAUGCAGACUGCUUUCAGCCAGCAGUCAAAAGGGCAAAGUUACAAGAGUCCAUUGAAUAUGAAGACUUGGGAAAAAAUAAUUCCAUAAAAACGAUUGCACUAAACCUCAAGAAGUCAGAUAGGUAUUAUCAUGGUCCAACUCCAAUCCAGUCACUACAGUAUGCAACAAGUCAGGACAUUAUUAAUUCUUUUCAAAGUAUUAGGCAAGAAAUGGAAGCUUACACGCCCAAAUUAACUCAGGUUCUCUCAAGUAGCGCUGCUAGUAGUACCAUCACAGCCCUGUCACCUGGAGGAGCACUUAUGCAGGGAGGGACACAGCAAGCCAUAAACCAGAUGGUGCCAAAUGAUAUUCAGUCUGAAUUGAAACAUUUGUAUGUGGCUGUUGGAGAACUUCUACGGCACUUCUGGUCCUGCUUUCCUGUUAAUACGCCAUUCCUAGAAGAAAAGGUAGUGAAGAUGAAAAGUAAUUUGGAACGAUUCCAAGUUACAAAGCUCUGCCCAUUCCAAGAAAAAAUUCGGAGACAGUAUUUAAGCACAAAUUUGGUAAGUCACAUAGAAGAGAUGCUCCAGACAGCCUACAACAAGCUCCACACGUGGCAGUCCCGACGCAUGAUGAAGAAAACGUGAAGUGCCCGUGGCUGUCAAAGUUUUGUGAGAUUGAAAGAACUGUGAUCUGCAGUAACUCUGGAAACCUGACCUGACGAUUGUGCAGAUCAUCAUACAGAAGUUACAGGAAACAUCUGCAUCAUGUGGACUUCUGGAGCUGAUGCAUGUUGUACUUGCACAUUGUGAAGUGAGAGGAAGAAAGGGACUUUGAUUAAACUAAAAGCGGGGGAGGUAAAUUAAGGUGGAACCAAAAUGAGCUAAGUUGCAAAUAUAUAUAAAUAUAUAUAUAUUUAAAAAGACACUGUUUACUGCAGUUACUCAGGAACUGCUUUUGAUUCACAUUAAGCUGCUUUCAGAAAUUUAAAAAAAAAACAAAACUUUUUUAAAGGGUGCAUUGAUAAAAAUCUGAGGGUUUUUUUUUUUUUCUUCAUCUGUAAAUGUUUUUCCUAAGUUUAUGGCACAGGGUAGAUAUUAAGUAUUUCUCCUCCAUCCUCCACUUGGAUCCUCCAGUUUUACUAAAUUGUAGUUGUACCUUACAUCAGCAAGUUAAAGAGAAUAUUUUAAAGUAAAGCAGAGGGAGACUGUUGCUCAGCCAUCAGGAAACAGUUGUAGUCAGAAGACAUCUUUGGUCCUGUGUUUCCUACGGAAAUAAGAAACAAUAAAUAUUGCACUGAAUGUUUGUCGUUUGGGGUCCCUAUAUGAUAGAGAGGGAACAUAUUGCAGAAGGUUGCGUGGGGUUUUUUAUGCAGAAUUUUGUCAGAAGAUAAUGGCGCUGCAUGUUUUUCUUUGAGUGCAAAUGUACAUUGCUAAGAUUUUUUUUUAAGACGGCAUGUGCUUUGAAGAGAGGAAAAUGCAUUUUUAAGAGUUUAAAAAUCUUAUGAGUGAGAAAUAUAAGAAAGCUUACUUAUUUUCACCUCUUUAGAAGAAAUAAAAGAUGUUUCUCAUAUCUCCUUUUCUCCAGUCUCUGUCUGACUGUUAACUGUCUCUGGCGAAUCGAUAAUCAAUGCAUAGUGACUGAAACGCCUAACUGCAAAAACAAAAAAAGAUAUGCUAUAUUUUGUGGAUUCUGUGCCAUAUUUUGUUCUAAUAAUAUCAACUGUUUUAUCUCAGACUUUAGAUGUCUUAUAUUAAAAACUA